CCCAUAUGUUAAUUGUUGUACGUUGUGAAAGUUGGAUUCGCACUGACCGUGUACAACGGCAUUGGAAAAAAUGUCCCUAUUGGCGUGAGUUUUGGGCUGAAGAAGACCAAGAAAUAAUGAUGUAUCCAGAUGCUGAUGAAACAACAGCUCGAAAUGUAGUUAUAGCAUUAAGACAGACAAGAGCUCAAAAUAAUACAUUAGCUAUGUCUAUAGUUUCUUCAGGUUCUAGUGCUAGAAUUUCAGAUGCAUCAGAAUUAAUAUCAGUAUCACGCAAUAUGAAACGAACACGAACCAAACAACCAAAUACAUCCUUAGAUACCUACUUUGUUGUUUGUCAGUUAUCACCUACUGAACAAAAUGAAUUUCAUCGUCGACUUCUUCGUAUAGUAGUUGAAAAUGGUCUCUCAUUUCAAUUUACUGAAACCAGAACUUUUCACGAGUUUGUUGCUUUUUUUAAUACCACUGUUAAAAUUCCAAGCCGACGGACAUUGAGCAAAAAAAUUCUUAAAGAAUAUGCUGAAAAAUUAGAAAGUUCUCAAGUUUCUGCUCUUUUAGAAACACAAGAACCAGCUACUAUUAUGUUUGACGGGUGGAAGAAUGUGUGUCGCCAAGAAAUUUUGGGUGCUGUUAUUCUUUCAGCAACAAACAGAUUAUAUAUAUGGGGUGCUGAAGACAUAAGUGGUACUAGUCAAAAAACAGAUAAUGUAUUAAACACAAUUCGUGCUUUUUUAGAACGUGCAAAAAACCAAAAUCUAAAUGUAGUAGCUAUGGUAACUGAUAGCACAUCAUCUUAUGCCUCAGCACGAUGUUCGUCAGAAUAUAAAUGUGUGGCAGAGCAGGCAAUUGAAAUAGCGGUAUAUUUUACUGACAAAAGACAUUCAAAAGCAAUAUCAUUACUUCAUAAUGAACAACAAAGAAUUUAUAAGACAAUUUAUAGCUUUGUUCGUCCUGUAAUUACCCGAUGGAAUUCCUAUUAUUAUUGUUUCACCGCUCUUGUUAGAAGUAAACGGGCUUUGCAAUCGUAUUCAAUUCUUCAUUUAAAUUCAACUGAGUUAUCAAGUAAAGCGCGAUCUGCUAUCAAUAGCACAACAUUUUGGAAGAAUGUUGAUGAGCUUGCCGAUUGUUUGUUGCCAUUUGUUAGUAUUUUAGAUUACCUUCAGCGUGAUGCUGCAAAUCUUUUUGAUGUAAUCUAUUCAUUUGCAUAUGUCGCACAACAGUACGAGGAUGAAGCUACCGGAUUUGGUUAUGCAAUGUUAAAGCAACUUGAAAAGUGCUGGGCUGAUUGGGAACAGCCAUUGCUUUUUUUAGCAGUUAUAUUUAAUUCACAAUUUCGAGCUCAUGCUUUAUCCAACCAAGUUUUUUUUAGUAUUGAACGAAUAGCUAACUGGAUUGAAUAUUAUUAUGAAAAGUGGUUUAAUAAAAAACCAAAACAUAUCACAUUGGAAUUAACAGAAUAUUAUAUGAAACGAGGCAUUUUCACUGAUGAUCGGUUUAAUAAUACUCUUGAAGCGAUUUCAGAAGAACAUAAUAUGCAAGAUAAGAUGUCAAAUAACGUAGUUGGGCUUGCACUACUGCGGUAUUGGGAGUUCACUGCACUUAAUUUAAAAGAAAUGGGCAUGGUUGCACAAAGGCUGUACAGCAUUAAAGUCAAUUCAGCUCCAUGUGAACGCCUUUUUUCUCGCAUGGGAUGGUUUCAUAACUCUCAACGAAAUCGGCUUAAGGAGGAAUGCCAAGAAAAAAUUGAAAUGGUUCGAAAUAUAGCUAUUAAAAAUCAAAUUAUAGGUUCAGUUAAUUAUGAUACACAAACAUCAUCUUAUGAACAAUCAGAAUCUGGCACACUUAAUCUCAACGAUAUUGAAAAUGAUACUAAUGCAGAUAAUAGUGAUAAUGACACAGACGGAGACCUGACUGAUAAGCCCAAAGAAAUAAGCGUAGGCACCUUGAAUACUGCUGACAGACUUAAUUGCCAUCCGGCUGAUCAUAAAAAUUCAAAAAUUGAAUUACAAUACCUUUUUUCACGUGUCCUAACGCAACCAUCAUUCGUUCGCAUUAUUGAACAAGAUGUUGGAAAUGUCGAAGCAACAUAA